AUGUCAGGAAGAGGUAAAACUGGAGGGAAAGGGCGCGCCAAAACCAAGACCCGUUCUUCGCGAUCUGGUUUGCAAUUCCCGGUUGGUCGAAUCCAUCGACUGUUGCGGAAGGGCCACUAUGCUGAGCGCAUUGGUGCUGGAGCUCCGGUUUAUUUAGCGGCGGUGCUCGAGUACCUGACAGCGGAGAUUUUGGAACUAGCGGGAAAUGCGGCCCGCGACAACAAGAAGACCAGGAUCAUCCCCCGCCACCUACAGCUCGCCGUCCGCAACGAUGAGGAGCUCAACAAGCUGUUGGGUGGGGUCACCAUUGCCCAGGGUGGGGUUUUGCCCAACAUCCAGGCUGUACUGCUGCCCAAGAAAACCGGCCACCCCAGCAAAAUUUACAUCUAAAUGAUAUCAACAAACCUAAUUUG